AUGGCUUCUUCGAUGCAGCUUUCGUCGCAAACGCUAAGCAGGAGCGUCCAAGCCGCCACUGUUCUUGCUUUGCUUGUCUCGACUGUUCAGGCGCAUGAACACCACGAAGACAAGAUCCCUGAAGGCGCUGCUAUUUCGCCUGAUCCCUUGGACACGACGUUAUGGAUCCACAUCCUCGUUCAAAUAUUCGCAUGGGGCAUCCUGUUCCCCACCGGCAUGGUUCUGGGUAUCGUCCGUUCGCGAUGGCAUGUCCCUGUCCAAAUCACCGCCACUGGUCUCGCCAUCUUGGGCUACCUGCUCGGCCAUGCCCACAAAGGCCGCCAAUUCAGCAAGAACGUCCACGCGCAAUAUGCCCCUUGGUUGAUGAUGAUGGUAUUCGCUCAAGCCGUGAUGGGCAUCUAUCUUAAACUUCAUAUCGAACGUGGCUUCAUGGGCAAGAUCAGGAAGUGGAUUGUGUCUGGACAUGGUAUACUGGGCAAGAUUAUUCCGCUAGCCGCUUGGGUGCAGAUGCUAUUUGGUGGAAUCACUGCCUUGGGCUUCUGCCAGGGCGAUCACACUGGUCAAUGUGCUGCACACUUCAUCAUGGGCUCCGCCUUCAUCGCCUACGGCAUCGUUUACACCAUUCUCCUUCUCGUCGGUCAGAUCUGGCUGCGUCGCACUGGCCGCUCGCAGGAGUUUUACGACAGUCUGGUUAUUGCUGCUUGGGGAUGUGUCAACACCUUCACCGAACACAGAUGGGGAGGCCCUUGGGUACGCAAUGAUUUACAGCACACUAGUAUGGGAAUCAUCUGGUGGUGUGCUGGUCUUUUGGGCAUGUGGCUGAGUCGUGACCGCCGCGGACGUCCUAAGCGCAACUUGAUUCCUGCUAUUGUAAUCGCCAUCACUGGCUGGGCCAUGAGUGGCCACCCACAGGAGUUGCAUCUUAGUACUAUGGUACACAGCGUCUUUGGCUACACCCUCAUGGCUGCUGGUAUCACUCGCAUCAUCGAGAUCAGCUUUGUCUUGAGAGAUGCCAACUCCAUCUCCGAAGAUGGAGAAGACACCAACAGCUUCCAGUUCCUGCCUCCUUUCUUGCUGUAUGCCAGUGGUUUCCUCUUCAUGGGUGCUACCGAAGAGCAGAUGCUGCUUUUGUCACAAGCUGUCGUGAACAUGCUUCUUCGCCUGUAUACCUACUACGCAGAGGCCGAAACAAGUGGUAAACCUGCGGACCCGGAGAGCAGACUCAAUGGCUCUGCUAUGACGAAUGGCCAUGCCCGUAUUCCAGACGCGAGCGACCGCCAGAUAAGAGAUGCGGAAGAGUUUGAGCUGGAAGGUUUGAUGAGCGAGGACGAUGACGACUUGCCCAAGCACCACUAG